CUAAACGGGGGUGUUUCCUCCACAAUGAAUUCCACAUCACGGUCACAAACUCGAAUUGACAAUAUCAACUGGAAGUAAUUCAAGUACUGCAACAUUUUAAUGUCAAUAAACCCGAAGUAAUUUGACAUUAACACGAUUUAACUUUAGUUUGAUCGAAUUCCGCCCGGAAAACCCCUUGAAAAAAAAUGCAGCUGGAUCGUUCUCCGCCGCCGCCUCUUCCAGCAGGAGAGCAUUGGAUAUGAGAGACGGCGCAACCAUGGAUGUAACACGGGGAUUUAAAUUCUUGGACACGGCGGCACGCUUUGCUUCUUGGUGAAGAUGGGAAGAAAACCAGCGGAAUUUUAAAGGAACCCUUUAAGGUAGCGGCAUCUCAACGACAGGAUGCCGCUUGUGAAGCGCACCAUCGAGCCCAGGCACCUGUGCCACACCGUGCUGCCAAGAAACAUCAAGAACGAGCUGGAAUGUGUGACUAACAUUUCCUUGGCAAACGUCAUCCGGCAGCUCAGCAGCCUCAGUAAAUAUGCAGAGGACCUGUUUGGAGAACUCUUCAAUGAAGCCCAUUCCUUCUCGUUUCGGGUCAACUCCCUGCAGGAGCGGGUGGACCGCCUGUCCAUCAGCGUCACACAGCUGGAUCCCAAAGAGGAGGAAUUGUCCCUACAGGAUAUCACCAUGAGGAAAGCCUUCAGGAGCUCCACCAUUCAGGACCAGCAGCUGUUUGAACGCACAUCUCUGCCCGUCCCGAUGCAGGAGACCUUCCACACCUGCGAACAGCCGCCUCCCCUCCACAUCCUCACGCCGUACAGGGAUGAUGGGAAGGAAUGUCUCAAGUUUUACACAAAUCCGUCGUACUUCUUUGAUCUGUGGAGGGAAAAGAUGCUGCAGGACACGGAGGACAAGAGGAAGGAGAGGCGGAAACAGAAGCUGGAAAUACCUUAUCUUGUGUGUCCCAAGAGCCUAAAAAGAGCCCUCUCUGAAACCCCUUCUCCUUUCUAUCCUACCCCAGAGUUGCAGGACCCCCGCAUGUAUGAUCAGGUCUAUAGGUACUUAGACCUUCCAGGGCAGCUGAAGGCGAUCGACCGUCCACACGAGCCAGAGAAGGUACCACGGGCGCCUCACGAUCGGAAGAAGGAGUGGCAGAAACUGGCCCUGGGUGCAGAGCUGGCCCCGGACGUGGCAGAAGAGAAACACAGAGAAGCUAACGAGUUGGCGGGCUACCAAGACAACAGGGCCCCCGUGUACAUGGAGCAUUUGGACGGGCCCUUCUCACUGGCAGCGCUGCCCUACAGCCAGAUGAAUGAGCUGCUGAGCCGCACAGGGGACAGAAUGUACUCCAGACCCCACGACCCGCCGCCACAGCCUCCUCUAGGGCACCCGCUGGGGGAGAUCAAACCCCCGUCUGCGCUCAGCUCCAGUUCCGGCUUUUCCGACAGCAGACCUCAGUCUCCGGCGAGGACGGCGGGCCUCAACUCCAGCACUCCUCCGCCGCCGCCUCCCCCCCUCCCUCCUCCUCCGCCUCCCCUACCCUCCACAGGCGUGCGCGGCACCCCUCCUCCUAUCCCUCCUCUUCCAGUCCAGAAGCAGCCCAUGGCGAUCCCGCCGGCCCCCGCCCCGCUCCAGAUUGCACCGGGAGUGCUUCACCCGGCGCCGCCGCCCGUGGCGCCCCCCCUGCACUCAUCCUCCCCGGUCCGUCUCCAGCACUCCCUGGACAGGGGACUGCCCGCCGGGUCUGGGACUCAAUCAGACGGCACCAUCCUGCCCCCGCCGCCGCCACCGCCUCCUCUGCCCCUCCCUGGAGCGCGGAGCUCGUCGCCCUGUCCCUCAGGCCCCCCACCUAUGAUGGCCUUCUCUUCAGCAGGAGCCAUGGGCUCACCGCCCCCCCACAGCAUGCACGACGUGGGGCCUAAACGACACCAUCUCGCCAACUUGCCCCCCAUCAGUGAUGCGCGCAGCGUCCUGCUUGAGGCGAUCAGAAAAGGAAUUCAGCUGCGGAAAGUGGAGGAGCAGCGGGAACAGGAGGCCAAACACGAGCGAGUCGGGAACGACGUGGCCACCAUCCUCUCACGCCGCAUCGCCGUGGAGUACUCAGACUCAGAGGACGAGUCCGAGUUCGAUGAAGGAGACUGGAUGGAAUGAAGAAACAAAAAAAAGACAGAGAUGGACGACCCAAACCCAGCGCUCCCCACACAGGAGGAGCGUCGUCGCUGUCCGCUUCUCCUCCCUCCAGCUUUGUUUUUGUCUCACGUCUGUUUUGUCUCCGUUCCACAAUCUCCGUUCUGGAUGGUUUUUCCUGAACUUUUUGAAUUCUCACGUUUUUUUCUUGUUUUUUUACAGACUGAAAUACAAUAAAAUAGAGAAAGGUCAUGUUGCAUCAAAUUCUCCAUCACAGUUCUGCCACCUAGUGGCUGCACAUGGCAUAAAAAACGAGUGCUUUCUUUUAUCAACCUUUAUAUCUAUUUUUUUACAUUUAGGAAAUGCUUCCAGUUUUCGGUCAGUGGUUUUAAAUCCUGACGUGAAAUAAACAGUUUCAUAACCAGAACUGACCGCUAACAGAAAACAUGAAAUGAGGAUGGGGAUGUCUGUGACCACGUUUGAGCAUAUCAUUCCACCUAACCUUAACCCCAGGGAAAUAAAUGCCAAGAGAUUGUCUUUUUUUUUUGUCUACGGAAGCUCAGUUGAGCCACUUCUGCCAGUUCUGACUUCAGGAAAAAAAAGAAAAAGAAAAAAGAAGCCAUUAAGUCGAGGUUUGUUCACCACUUUUUCUUGACUCCGGACUUGAAGACGUAGACGUGCAUCAGAUUCCUGCCUCUCUCAUCGUCUGAUAAAUAUUCCAUGUAGAAAGGUACAAACCGUUCACUCAAGGCAGCUUUAAUCGCAGUUCCCCAUCUACUGCGCGUCUGCCGCUGACAAAAAAAAAACUGUUUCAAGGUCCAAAAGAAACCUUUAUUUCACAGAACGUCUGCCAUUUGUUCCAUUUGUUCUUUCUUCUACUUGCCUUAUUGUUCGUACAAAACGUAUCGUUGAGUUCAUGAAUGUACUGUGCCGUUACUACUUAUUUGCCUGCGCUUGUAUGGAUUUGCUGUUUCUAUGUCUUUGGGGAGGGGGGGGGGCAGCACAGGGGGACAAAACCCUGGACUUAAAAAAAAAAAAAGAAGAAGAAAAGGUUUAGAUGAAUACUGUAUACCAUGUAACUUAUAUAACUGUUGACUGUAACAGUUUGCUUGAAUUAAUAAAAAUCUAAUGUUUCAGCUCUA